AUGUUGCCUAUGGUAACGAUGCCUGCACCAUCGACGCCUCUAGGGGAUUAUUCUGCUUUGAGGCGCCGAUUUACGGUCCAAGGCUCGCCCACGGAUGGUCCACCAGGCGAAGCGACUGAAUCACCCAGUCGGACCUCGUCACCAACAUCGCAGCGCCGCAUGUCGAAUCUGUAUCGGGUUCUUCAACGGCGCCCCAGUCACUCGUCGCUCAACUCUGAUCAAGGAUCGGCGCCGUUGCCGAAGAGUCGACAUCGCGUCACAUUCCGUGGAGCUGGGCCACCCAAUACCUCUUCAGGACGCGACAGUCCUUUGAGGAUGGUGUCGUCGGCGCAUCAGGAUGCGUCCCAAAUACAUACGCAGACGCGGUCGCGGUCGCCGUGGCGCGUAGCAUCGCCCACCAUGCCGAGCUCAUCUCGCUUGCGAAACUACAACCCAUUUGCUCGCACCAAGCCUUCAGCGGGGCAGGAAGAUGAUAUUUUCCACGACGCGAUCUCAGACAACCAGACGCGCCCAUCGUCACCCUUCAUGAGUGUGACGCGUCCGCACACUGGCAUGGGCAUGCAUCCAUCCGAUCUUAGGCGCUAUGUCUAUGAUACAUCGCCAUCAAUGCCAUUUGUUGACGCGCGUGUGCGAUCGUCGGCAUCGGCACCGACAUCCAUGACGCAGCACUAUCUGUCAAACAAUGUCGUUCUGGUGGUUGAGCCAGCGCAUUGCGUGCUGAAUAUGUUUGGUGCACUGCAAGUGACCGGCAACUAUUCGUUGUCCGGCAUGGUGCGAGUGAGUCUUCCACAUUCCAUGGACAAUUGCCGUGCUGUCGAUGUCCAAUCACUUCAGGUCUCUUUUACGGGCUACUCCGUGUACAUUGACAGUUCAGGCCGAUUUUCCUCUGUUCGCCUAUGCGACUUGAAACAAGAACUUGUACCGACUCGAGCGACGCUGCAGCUUCCUCCGGAUGGAGCGCCCAUGUACGAGUGUGAAUUUGACAUGUUUGUUCCGGGGUGGCUGCCUGCAUCGUUCAGCACCCGCUCUGUCUGCACGUUUUACAACUUGGAUGCAGAAGCGACCUUGUGCGAUGUGCUGUCGCAGGACCUUACGUCGGCAACCACUGCCAUUGAUGCUACGACGUUGACGCCUGCUUUCUCAACGGGCAGCCGACGUGUGAGUAAACCCAUUCACGUUCACAGUGUGCCAAAUCUUGUGGUGAUUCAACGCAGCCGAGAAGUCGUACCGAUUCCCGUUGCACAGACGGCUGCAUUCCUUGGGCCUGACGUGCCCAUUACGUCGAAUCCAUUCCGCCGUGAAACGAAUCCGUUCCGCCACCUAUUGCGUGCAGAAGGGCCUGAACCGCCAUUUGCGACGUCCUCAUCAACGUCCUCAUCGUCCAUCUCUGCAACGACACCACCCCAGGCAUUGACGGCGAACUUGCCUCCCUCAUCGGACCAGUCCGACGGCGGCCGGGAGUCGACGAGUCUGCCCACGCCCACGCCGAGUCGCACGCAGCGGAUGAAUCGUGCGCCUCUUCGUCACCACACACACAUUGCGAAAUUGCAUAUGCCGACGCCCGUGACGAUCAAUGGCACCACGCACACAUCAUUGCCUGUGAAGUUGUGCUUGUCUGUACCGGCGUAUUCAAGCACGCAUGCUACUACACGAGAAGAGCAACCGCCGCUCAUAUUUGGCCUGCAAGCGGAACUGGAUUCCCUCUGGCAGCAGGCCAAGGCAUGGUGUGAUGUGCGUAUCUGUGAAAUGGAAGCUGUGUGUGUGCAGAUGGAGAAGUACAGCUCAUCGCUCUCGCGCAGCUACUGUACGGCCUUUUCGCUCGAUGUGAAUGAAACGACACAGAUCCCUUCGUCCAUGCUCCCUUUCUUUGACGAUGUGCCGAUCCACGCUGGUGUGUGCACGCCUCAAAGCUCCAUGGUUGCGCAGCCGAACCGGAUGCCGCAGCCGUAUUCACGAGCGCUCGUGGAGAACCGCGUCCGUCUAGAGCAGACAGGCCACCAGCCAUCCGAGCGGCAAAACACGAUUGAACGACUGCGUGCAUAUACGGUGGGGCCUCUGCCAACGAUGCGUGAACGGCAGGCGAAGGAUGAGCGCCGUGCAGCGAAAGACGACAAAUCACAGGCCAGUAGUACCCCUCGACGAAGACGAACCGUGACGAAUGCCUUGUCGCGCUUGUCGAUGUUUUCUCCACAGCGUGACUCGGCAGCGGGAUCUGGAGGAUCAUCUACAACUCACACAUCGAACUAUGGAAAUGGUGCUGGCACCGGUAGCCAUGGCGGGCUGAGUAGCAUUUUGCAUGGUGCGUCAUCAUCGGCCGACGACGGCGCGCAUGGCACGACUCUCGACACAGGAGGAGGAAGUACUGGGAAUGCGACUGAGAACACGAAAGCGUCGUAUGUGUUUGACGGGGAAGACGGCUGUGGCUUGGCUUUGAGCCGGAAGCGUGUGCGCUUGUCGUUUAGUCUGCCACUCGUGCCGAGUCAUGGCUUCAUGGCCCUCAAGUACAACACACCUCAGCUCCUGCCAGAUUAUGAGAGUCCGCAUAUGCGCAUCCGACACAAGCUCAAGGUCAAGGUGCGGUUCGGCUUCGGCUCAUCUUUGAUUGGCACACCUGUCGGCAUGCAGAGCGUGGUAAUGAGUGUGCCAGUGCGCUUUAGCGAGGCGCCACCGAAAGAGGCACUCUCGCAGGCGCCACCGCUCGUGCUGCCGAAGCAAGCACGAACAUAUGUGCCAUCGAACGGCGCGCCUAACGCGGCAUUGCCCCCAUCGUACGUGCAUGCGUCGUAUUCGACCAUUGAGGGCGCACAGGGGCACAGCAGCUAUCUGCCGGCAUACACACAAUUGUUUCGUGAAGACGGCUCGCGUCUGGAGGACGAUGCUGAGGUGCUGCCUCCGUACCCUGAUCAACCACCGAUUCCCGUGGCGGCCGAUCAGCAUAUGUUUGCGGCCCAGCUUGCAGCCGCGCUGUAUGUGGUGCCAGAGCGUGAUCGAGAAGCAAAGACGCCAGCGGCUAUAAGUAUGCUGGAUGCAUUCAACGCAGAGGAUCAGGAACUGUAUGAAAUGGCCCAGGAGGUGGACGACGAAAUGAUGGAUGAGCGGCUGGCCAAUGAUGAGGUGCCGUUCGAAGACGACGACGACAUGACAGCAGCACGCACGGCCCGAUCUGGCGCAGACCAUGAUGGUGGUGCAGGCUCGCCGCUACUUGAAAUGCAGGCGACAAAUGACUCCACGAUACCUCGUGCCAUGGACAUGGCUGCCUCACCCAUGAUGAUGGUAGGGUCGCCCGCAAGUCUGCAUGAUGUAGCCCAUAUCACUCAUGCUUCGACGUACACGUUGAUGGAUCAGGCGCAUACGGUAAGUCCAUCGCCACCGCUUGUGCAGCCAAGAACCAUGUCUGGAUGA